GUGUAAUCGUUUUUUUAAGGGAAAACUGUCAAAUGAAUCCACAUAUAAUUUCGAAAAAGUCAAUUGAGUCCACAUACUAUUUUAUCAAUCAAUUAAGUACACAUAGUUUCAAAUUUCAAUCAAAUUUGCCAUUUAACCGGUAAACAACCGGUAACCCCUUAUUUUGCUGACUUGAAUGCCACUUACAAUUUUUUGUACGGUUUCUUUUUUUGUUUUCCCUUUUUCCCCUUCUUUUCCUUUUUCUAUUUCCUCUUCUUCCCCUGGUUCGUAGUCUCGUACCCCUUGUCCAUCCGCCACCUGCAACUCCCCCCUCUUCUUCCUUCCAUUUUUUUCUUUUCCCCCUUCUUCUUUCUCUCCUUCUUUCCCGUAUUUCACCCCCUUCUGGUUUACCUUUUCUUUCUUUUUUCCUUCUUCAUCACUCUAUUUCUUCUAUCCCACCCAACCUUCUAUAUCCCCUCUUUUAAUUUCAUGCCCAUAGACCUGACGGCGACCCUUCCUCUUCUUCAGUGGCAACCAGGCGGCGGCAGAGAAGAUGGCAGAGGCGGCAUAGCUCGACGGCGGCGGCAGAAUGAUGAAGAUGGCUGGGCGUUUUCAUCACAGAACUCGACGAAGAUAGUGGUGGCAGACUGGCAGAGAUUGACGGUGGUAGAAGAUGCAAAGCUAGAGGGUGAGAAGGAAGAAAUAAGAGAAGCAAAUAAAGAAAGAAGAAAGGGGGGGAGUUGCAGAGAAUGGGAGGAUGAAGAAGAAAGAAAACAUUUAAUAAAAAGGGGAAAAAGAAGCUCUAAUGCCACACAGACGGCCAUAUCAGCGCUUAUAGGAAAAAAAAGCCACGUUGACAUCCACGUAGGCUGUUAACCGGAGAAACCAGUCAAUUACCGAAGAAAAUGCAUAUUUGAACAUUUUUUGACAGUUGAUAGACUUAAUUGAUUGAAAAAAUAGUAUGUGGACUCAAUUGACUUUUUCAAGAUAGUAGAUGGACUGAUUUGACAGUUUUCCCUUUAUUUAAUCGAGACAUUCAUUUUUAAAUAACAAAAACCACUAUUCUAAAACUUGGGAAAUUGCUCCACCUAGGCACCUCAUACACGAUACAUCCAGAGGUAGAAGAGG